UGCGGGAAAGGACGGUUUUAGUGCGCGCGCCCUGUCCACGAACCGACGUGUGCGUACAGUACGUGCAACGUAGCAGCAGCAGCAACCAGCUGCCCAGCCCAAACGAAAACCAGAAGCCACACCCGGUACGCCCGGACUGCGGACGAUUCCAUUUCGUGAGCCGAAAACUGCCACGAAAUCAUUGACAGUUGCGUUGCGCUUAGUGGUGGUUUGCCCAGUGUGCCCGGUGUGCCCGUACUCCGAGGCGGCGAAAGCGUGUGUUGUUAGAAAAUGGCUACCAGCAUGGCCAGAGUGUUCAAACUGUUCAGUUUGCUGUGUUUAGUGGUGACAAUCGCGGCCGAAGUUCGCGUAAAGCGCCAAGACGAGGACGUCGAUCCGGAUUCGAUCAAUGUGGAGGAGCUGUGCAAGGACCGGCCGGGCGAUGAAUACUUCCGCCUGAGCACGGACGGUGACUGCCGUGAAGUAGUGAGGUGCGACGAUGCGGGCGAAAACGGCAUCACGCGGCUCGCCUCCGUUCGUUGCCCGACCGGGCUGUACUUUGACGUGCUGCGUCAAACGUGCGAUUGGAAAACGAACGUGAAGUCGUGCGACCUGCUAGGAAAGCCACGUAAAGUGCUGCCGAUCCUGAAGACGGACGAGCCCAUCUGCCCGGAGGGCAAACUGUCCUGCGGCAAUGGUGAAUGUAUCGACAAGGAGCUGUUCUGUAACGGCAAACCUGACUGCAAGGAUGAGUCGGACGAGAAUGCGUGUACCGUCGAACUUGACCCGAACCGUGCCCCGGACUGUGACACGACCCAGUGCGUGCUGCCGGAUUGCUUCUGCUCGGCCGACGGAACGCGUAUCCCCGGUAACAUUGAACCUCAGCAGGUACCGCAGAUGAUCACGAUCACCUUCAACGGUGCGGUCAACGUGGACAACAUCGAUCUGUACGAGGACAUCUUCAACGGACAGCGCCAGAACCCGAACGGUUGCCAGAUCCGCGGUACGUACUUCGUCUCGCACAAGUACACCAACUACUCGGCGGUGCAGGAUCUGCACCGUAAGGGACACGAAAUCUCCGUGUUCUCGCUCACGCACAAGGACGACCCGAACUACUGGACCCAGGGCACGUACGACGAUUGGCUGGCCGAGAUGGCCGGUGCCCGUUUGAUCGUGGAACGGUUCGCUAACAUUACCGAUGGUUCGAUUAUUGGUGUCCGUGCGCCGUACCUGCGUGUCGGCGGUAACAAGCAGUUCGAGAUGAUGGCCGAUCAGUUCUUCGUGUACGAUGCGUCGAUCACCGCUUCCCUUGGCCGUGUACCCAUCUGGCCCUACACGCUGUAUUUCCGCAUGCCGCACAAGUGCAACGGUAACGCACACAACUGCCCGUCCCGCUCGCACCCGGUCUGGGAGAUGGUGAUGAACGAGCUCGAUCGACGUGACGAUCCGACGUUCGACGAAUCGCUGCCCGGUUGCCAUAUGGUGGACUCCUGCUCGAACAUCCAGUCCGGCGAACAGUUCGGUCGUCUGCUGCGUCACAACUUCAACCGCCACUACAAUAGCAACCGUGCGCCGCUCGGUCUCCAUUUCCACGCUUCCUGGCUCAAGUCGAAGAAGGAGUACCGCGAGGAGCUGAUCAAGUUCAUCGAGGAGAUGCUUGGCCGUAACGAUGUGUUCUUCGUCACCAUGCUGCAGGUCAUCCAGUGGAUGCAGAACCCGACCGAGCUGAACGCGCUCCGGGACUUCCAGGAGUGGAAGGAGAAGUGCGACGUCAAGGGACAACCGUACUGCUCGCUGCCCAAUGCCUGCCCGCUGACCACCCGCGAACUGCCCGGUGAGACGCUCCGUCUCUUCACCUGCAUGGAGUGCCCGAACAACUACCCGUGGAUCCUGGAUCCGACCGGUGACGGUUUCUCCAAGAAGUAAGCCCCGAGUGAAGGGGGAGCUGAAGAGGGGCAGAGGUCCUAAAGCAACUAGUUUUCUUCCUUCCCAUUUAGGGGGGAAACCAUUUUCCCACCGGGAACCAACCAAUCUAUUGUAAAUAAUGAUCACUGUCUCAUUGUCGCACGAUUUUUCCUCCUCUAUAUUGUCGGGUGCGUUUUUCACCACUUCUUUUCCCCCCCGUUAAACAAGCAAGGCAACACUAGGAGAAGAACUUUGCCUAGAAGACGAGAGACUUCAAUCGGGACCUACCUGCGGGGUUUGAAACCCUGCCUUUCACGUUUUCUUUCCUACCCAUCUUUCCGUCCUUCAAUACAUCGUGAUAUUUCGUUUGUUCUCGCCACCUCGCGCCAAUAUGGUCGCGUAGGGCGAACAUCGGAGGCGUCUGGAGUUCCGAUCGGGUCGUCGAGCACCGUAUCCUCGGUGUGAUCUAUUAUGUUUUUCUCUAUGUUGGAGAGAGAGAGAGAGAGAUAGGGAGAGAGCAAAAACGGUUAGCAACAUGUUGUACGACGCAGUGUGCUUGUGCAAGGUCCCCGGAGAACCUGCGUAGUAGAGAUCCGGCUAGGAAGGGUCUGCCACAGCAGAGGGCAGGCCCACACAAACAGAAGAGUAAUGAGUAAUUUUACGGUACUGUUUUAUAAUAAAAUAUUGAAAAAACAAACAAAGCUACGUAACUUCUUCGCACGUGUACUGGUGUACGGGCGAGAGCCUGUCCCCAUAUAUAAGUGUGUUGGUGGCGGUAUGCAGAAGCACAAACUAGCACACCCAAACUAGCAAAAAAAAA